AUCAUUCUGGGCAUACUUGAGCCCGUGAGAUGGACACUUUUCCUCUUCGGGGCCAAAGAUCACGGGGAUACCUCACCUUAAAUCACUGAGAGCCAGUUGGUUUUAAAGGGGGUGGAAUAGAACACGGCAGGCGGCUGUAAGCUCACUCAACCAAGUCCUAUCCAGAUGUUCGGACGCAAGAACCAGCGCUUUUUUGCGACUAGAAAUUAGCUGUUUUAAAACUGGAUCCCAGAGAGCAUGCGCUGAUGGAUCAAACGUACGGAGAAGUCAACCAGCUGGGUGGUGUAUUUGUCAAUGGCAGACCUCUUCCCAACGCCAUCCGCGCAAGAAUCGUUGAAUUGGCCCAGCUUGGAAUAAGACCCUGUGACAUCAGCCGUCAGCUGCGCGUAUCGCACGGAUGCGUGAGCAAGAUCUUGGCGAGGUACAACGAGACGGGUUCGAUUUUACCCGGUGCCAUCGGAGGAAGUAAACCUCGAGUAACGACACCUAACGUGGUGAAAAGCAUCAGGGAGUACAAGCAGUCGGACCCUGGGAUUUUUGCUUGGGAAAUCCGAGACAGGCUUCUGGCGGAUGGAGUUUGCGACAAGUACAACGUCCCAUCAGUGAGCUCCAUUAGUCGAAUUCUUAGGAACAAGAUUGGGAAUCUGUCUCAGCCGAGCCAAUAUGAAAACAAUAAGCCACAAACUCCACAGAUCCCCUACAACCACAUGUAUCCAUAUUCAUACCCCAACACUAUGUCACCUACCGGGAACAAGCUGGGAAAUGCACCGGGGAUGCCGGGACACGUCAGCCUGUCACGGGCCUGGUCGUCCAUGCACACCGUUAGCAAUUUUUUAGGUAUCCGGGCCUUCAUGGACCCCACAGCUAUUGCUGGAGCUGAGGGCUAUCAACCGAAGCUAGAGGACUGGACUAGCGUGAAUAGAGCCACGUUCCCAUCUACACACGCCAUCAACGGCAUUGAAAAGUCUCCCAUUGAUGCGGAUAUCAAGUAUCCACAGUCCUCGUCCAGCCUAUCCAGUUAUGUCCAGGCCUGUGCCUACUCCCCGGCCAACCAGUACGGCGUGUACAGUGGCGCGGCCGGUAACUAUGUGACCGGGCACCCAUGGCAGUCCCAGGGAGCCGCGCUGUCUCAUCCCAACACCACCGCGUCCAUGCAUGCCACAAACUUGCACUCACCCAUGGCCUUCAAACAUUCGUCCCGGGAAGCUGGAAACAGAAAACCUCCGAGUCCUCUGAGCAAGCACCAGCACGAGACGUUGAGUAGCGUGCACGGGCUCGCGCUCACUACCUCAGGUUCCUAACUGCAGCACACACACUCUUCCUCCCCAAGCAUCAGUUGCUAUCAAAGGAGAAGGAAGAACGAUUAUGGGACACGCACUUUCAUUACUUUUUCAGUAAUUAAGGAGAUUGUAAUCAAGCUAUUUAAGUCGACAGUCUCUCCCCUCGAACUGUUUCGAAAAGACUGGACUGCAACAUGUGAAUGCCUUAGUUUAUGUUCUGCAAUAUUUGCAGGGGGCUUUGUCUUUUCUUUGACUGGCCUGACGCGACUUGCCUGAAAGAGAAAUGUAGGCCUAUAUGGUGGAACAAUACAAAUGUCGGGCAAGUCACUAAGUGAACGGUGAUCAUAGGAUGCACAGCAUAAUGUUGCUUCAUUUUGUUUUUGAUUAUGCAUGCAUUAAAACAAAACAAGUUGUUGUGAGAGGGGCAGAAUGUAUUGUUGGAUCACCAUUUAUGUAAAUGUUAAGUAUUUCCAAAAGGUUUAUUAUAUAUAUUUUCUAAAUAAAUUCCUUUGUAAAUAUGCUCAAUAAAGGCAUGCGAAAAGGGCAC